AUGCCCCUGCAUCGCAAUGAGCACGAGUUCACAUUUUCGAUCAAGCUUUCGGGCCUUGUCGCCGAGCCACGUGUUGCACCGCCACGUUCCCCACGCCGAGCUCCCUUGUCUCCGUACCACGACAUACGACAUCAUGGACCCUUCCCCAUCUGCGCAACCCGCCUCCGAGAGGUAGUGGUCCCGCUGGACGGCACGUAUUUCACCCCAGAUGCGGCGCGGAUGUUGGAAUUGGCAAGAGCCGCGGGGUGUGGAUGUGCAGCUUAUGGUGUCGGGUGUGCAGUUUGUGGAAAUGCGCUGGGGGCGCUGUUCACACCGUGCAGAACUCAUACGGCGCGCAGCAGCGGGUCAUUGCGCCGCCAACAGCAUUAUGUCUUCCUUCCCGGCCAUGUCAGUCCCGCCAUUCAUGAUGCACGAGCCCAGACACAAGCACCCACAACGACACCCACUAACGCAGACGCCACGCCGCGCCCACCCGCAGUCACACUUCCGCCGUUGCCCAUUCGCACUUCAGGGUCAUCGGUAGAAUCAGGCAGGGGGGCCUUCCCUACUAGCAAUAGCGCCCGCGACGCUGGAGAGGCAGAAACGGCCCGGGGAGAUGUCGAUGACGCCCCGCCCGUACCAGACACGUUUGUCGUGAUGGAGAGUCCGUUCCGGGAGAUGUACCAACGGCGCCGCGCGGUGAGCCUACGGGCCGGCGACGCAGACAGCGGGAACACAAAUUUGAGCGACGGAGAAAACCGCAACGCCGCGCAGGGCGCGUCACCCACCACCGAUGCCAACCAAUUCAACAAUGACGUUGACGCCGAUUCAGAUGAUGUCGUCAUGCGCGUCUUGGACGCAGAAAGAAUGCGUCGGGGGCUGGGUCCGGAGCCCCGGCUUGAAUCGGGUGCUCCGCACCGGAUCCGGGCCGGACGUCUGGCAAGCGGGCGUUGGCUGGUCCGAGCCGCCCCCGCCCUCGCCGCCGGGAUCCUCCCCCCGCUGGAGAUCGUCGCGCCUCCGGUCAUCGGCGCCGGCCCGGGGCCGGGGCCGGGGAGUACGGCGGUGGCUGCGGGCGUAACCACCACGGCUGACCAGCCGCGCGCUGGGGGGAUAGAAGCGACGAACGACGGCGAGGCGGAGAUGAUCGAGGUCCUGCGCAUGGUGGCAGAGAUGGGGACACCGGUCCCACUGCCCGUCGCCGCCCCUGGCGCUGACCGGCGUGCCGCGAUGCACCGACUCGCGGCCGAGCAGGGCCGGAUGGACCGCGGGACGCCCGGGCCGGUGACAGGGGCGAUGGGGGACGGGGGGUGGGGUGCGGGCGGCCAGAGACCGCGUCGUGGCGGCCCGGCGGGAGGCUGCUGA